CCGGGGAGUGAAUUUUCUGGAAGGCGACUUUAAAGGCGCCGGGCCGGAGCGAAGGGCGUCUUGGUGCCGCGCCAGCCGGAGAGGACGCAUUUGGUGGCAGGAAGCGAGCAGCGUCGAGGUCGUGGCGGAACCAGACGGCGACCCGCUCAGGAUGAACCACAAGAGCAAGAAGCGCAUCCGCGAGGCCAAGCGGAGUGCGCGGCCCGAGCUCAAGGACUCGCUUGACUGGACCCGGCACAACUACUACGAGAGCUACCCGCUGAGCCCGGCGGCCGUGCCGGAUAACGUGGAGAGAGCAGAUGCUUUACAGCUGUCGGUGGAAGAAUUUGUAGAGCGCUACGAAAGGCCUUACAAGCCCGUGGUUCUGCUGAAUGCCCAAGAGGGCUGGUCCGCACAGGAGAAAUGGACUCUGGAGCGCCUCAAAAGGAAAUACCGGAACCAGAAGUUCAAGUGUGGUGAGGAUAAUGACGGCUACUCCGUGAAGAUGAAGAUGAAAUACUAUAUCGAGUACAUGGAGAGCACCCGUGACGACAGUCCCCUUUACAUCUUUGAUAGUAGCUAUGGUGAACACCCCAAAAGAAGGAAACUUCUGGAGGACUACAAGGUGCCCAAGUUUUUCACAGAUGAUCUUUUCCAAUACGCGGGGGAGAAGCGCAGGCCCCCUUACAGGUGGUUUGUGAUGGGGCCACCGCGUUCUGGCACUGGGAUUCACAUUGACCCUCUGGGAACCAGUGCCUGGAAUGCCUUGGUUCAGGGCCACAAGCGCUGGUGCCUGUUCCCGACGAGCACGCCCCGGGAACUCAUCAAGGUGACCCGAGAGGAAGGAGGGAACCAGCAAGACGAAGCGAUUACCUGGUUUAACGUUAUUUACCCCCGGACACGGCUCCCAACCUGGCCACCUGAAUUCAAACCCCUGGAGAUACUACAGAAACCAGGAGAAACUGUCUUUGUACCAGGGGGCUGGUGGCAUGUUGUCCUCAACCUUGACACCACCAUUGCCAUCACCCAGAACUUUGCCAGCAGUACCAACUUCCCUGUUGUGUGGCACAAGACGAUACAGCACGGGCAGCAGCAGUGCAAGCCACCCCCAGCCACCCCGUGCCACUGUGUCCCAACCCUGACCUGGAGGGACCAGCUCUCGGGGAUCCUGAAGCAGGAGCACCCUGAGCUGGCGGUCCUGGCUGAUGCUGUUGACCUGCAGGAGUCCACAGGCAUCGCUUCUGACAGCUCCAGUGACUCUUCCAGCUCCUCAAGCUCCAGCUCCUCAGACACAGACUCAGAGUGUGAAUCUGGGUCUGAAGGGGAUGGAACAGCACACCGCAGGAAGAAGAGAAGAACGUGCAGCAUGCUGGGAAACGGGGACACCACCUCACAGGAUGACUGCGUGAGCAAAGAGCGAAGCUCCUCCAGGUGACCACAUGCAGCCACUGUCUGUGCAAGGACGCGCUUGCAGCCGUGGGCAGAGCUGGAGGCAGCCCAUCGGAACCUGCAAAACCAGGGUGGGCUGAC